GCGGCGGCUGGGCACCGCCAUUUUGGCCGGUGGCCGUGGGAACACGUUGUGUGGCUGAGAAGUGAAAUCAAGAACUGAUUUGGCCUCUGCGUGGGGAAUCUGUUUUUCCAGUAGAGGAACUGGAUAUUCUUACUUCCUUAGAAUUAUGGCGGAUAAAUUAACAAGAAUUGCUAUUGUCAACCAUGACAAGUGUAAACCUAAGAAGUGUCGGCAGGAGUGCAAAAAGAGUUGCCCUGUGGUUCGAAUGGGAAAAUUAUGCAUAGAGGUUGUCUCCCAGAGCAAAAUAGCAUGGAUUUCUGAAACUCUUUGUAUUGGUUGUGGUAUUUGUAUUAAAAAGUGCCCCUUUGGCGCCUUAUCAAUUGUCAAUUUACCAAGCAACUUGGAAAAAGAAACAACACAUCGAUACUGUGCCAACGCCUUCAAGCUUCACAGGUUGCCUAUUCCUCGUCCAGGUGAAGUUUUGGGAUUAGUUGGAACUAAUGGUAUUGGAAAGUCAACUGCUUUAAAAAUUUUAGCAGGAAAGCAAAAGCCAAACCUUGGAAAAUAUGAUGACCCACCUGAUUGGCAAGAAAUUUUGACUUACUUCCGUGGAUCUGAAUUGCAAAAUUACUUUACCAAGAUUCUUGAAGAUGACCUAAAAGCCAUUAUCAAACCUCAGUAUGUAGACCAGAUUCCCAAGGCUGCAAAGGGGACCGUGGGGUCUAUUUUGGACCGAAAAGAUGAAACAAAGACACAAGCAGUUGUAUGUCAGCAGCUCGAUUUAACCCAUCUAAAAGAACGCAACGUUGAAGAUCUUUCAGGAGGAGAAGGAGAGUUGCAGAGAUUUGCCUGUGCUGUCGUUUGUAUACAGAAAGCUGAUAUUUUCAUGUUUGAUGAACCUUCUAGUUACCUAGAUGUCAAGCAGCGUUUAAAGGCUGCUAUUACUAUACGAUCUCUAAUAAAUCCAGAUAGAUAUAUCAUUGUGGUGGAGCAUGAUCUAAGUGUAUUAGACUAUCUCUCUGACUUCAUCUGCUGUUUAUAUGGCGUACCAAGUGCUUAUGGUGUUGUCACUAUGCCUUUUAGCGUAAGAGAAGGCAUAAACAUUUUUUUGGAUGGCUACGUUCCAACAGAAAACUUAAGAUUCAGAGAUUCAUCACUUGUUUUUAAAGUAGCUGAGACAGCAAAUGAAGAAGAAGUUAAAAAGAUGUGUAUGUAUAAAUAUUGUGGAAUGAAGAAAAAGAUGGGAGAGUUUGAGCUAGCAAUUGUAUCUGGAGAGUUUACAGAUUCUGAAAUCAUGGUGAUGUUGGGGGAAAAUGGUACUGGUAAAACAACAUUUAUCAGAAUGCUUGCUGGGAGACUUAAACCUGAUGAAGGAGGGGAAGUACCAGUUUUAAAUGUCAGUUAUAAGCCACAGAAAAUCAGUCCCAAAUCAACCGGAAGUGUUCGCCAACUACUACAUGAAAAGAUCAGAGAUGCUUACACUCAUCCACAAUUUGUGACUGACGUAAUGAAGCCUCUGCAAAUUGAAAACAUCAUCGAUCAAGAGGUGCAGACAUUAUCUGGUGGUGAACUGCAGCGAGUAGCUUUAGCUCUUUGUUUGGGCAAACCUGCUGAUGUCUAUUUAAUUGAUGAACCAUCUGCAUAUUUGGAUUCUGAGCAAAGAUUGAUGGCUGCUCGAGUUGUCAAACGUUUCAUACUCCAUGCUAAGAAGACAGCCUUUGUUGUGGAACAUGACUUCAUCAUGGCCACCUAUCUAGCAGAUCGAGUCAUUGUUUUUGAUGGUGUUCCAUCUAAGAACACAGUUGCAAACAGUCCUCAAACCCUUUUGGCUGGCAUGAAUAAAUUUUUGUCUCAGCUUGAAAUUACAUUCAGAAGAGAUCCAAACAACUAUAGGCCAAGAAUAAACAAACUCAAUUCAAUUAAGGAUGUAGAACAAAAGAAGAGUGGAAACUACUUUUUCUUGGAUGAUUAGAGUGAAUCUGAGAAUAUCGAUAAGCCAUUUAUUAAAAGAAACAUUUAUUGGGAUUUUUGUCCUAUAAAACUUAGAUCAGGUUUUAUGCCCCACAUGCUCUGGAGAUAGAAGUAUAGUUUACUUACUGUAACAUAAAGCCAGUUGUGUUUUAAAUUGUCUGAAUACAGCAAAUGCCACUUUUCUGUUCUUGAUGAUAAGGCCCUUUUUGUGCAUAACAUUCUAAAAUGAAGACAUUUCAGGCUAUACAAAUUACCUCUAAGUUUUCAUGAUGUAUGGGAAGAUAUUCAGUACGUGUAUUAUAUAUUCAGGUACCAAAUGCUGAGCAGUGUUGUCCCCUUUUAAUAAUCUUGAAAAAGGUUUCUGUACUUAUAUGGUUUGCCAAGUAUGCCACUAUAAUGAAACUGCCCUUAUUUUAAAAGCCGGUCGAUGAUGCCACUGAUGAAAUUUGAUAAAUAAACAUCAGGAUUAUAUAUAUUUGUUUUCAGUCUUUGCAUUAAAUUGUCAAUGUGUUUAGACUUUCAAAGGAAGAUUAUCUACUACAGAACACCACUGCGGGGAAAAGACUAUUACCAGCUUAAGCAUUGUUGACAGUGUUUUUGGUGCUUUUGAAUAUCUUUAGCAAGAAAAUCAUUUCAACACUGCCCCCCCAAAAAAACAUCCUAACUUUACUCUGAAUUAGAUGUAGCAUUUUAUAAGAUUCUAUAUUCUGUAAUUAUUCUCAAGGUGAUGUCAUUCUAUAAACAUACCUUU